AUUGUUGAGUUAGAUGUUUGCGAAUGCUGGUAAGAAUUGAAGAGGCAUUUGUAUGAACAUGAAGAGGCAGCUAUUAACAAACCAAUCCCUCAAAAUAAAAGCCUUGUUAUCAUCAUGCAAAACCAUGCAACAAGGACUCCAAAUCCAUGCCUACAUUAUCCUCAAUGGCUGCCACCACAACAUCCUUGUCCAAACAUCACUUAUCUCUUUCUUUGCUUCCUUAAACUCCCCGAGCUCGUUGCACCAUUGUCGCCUUGUCUUCUCCCAAGUUACCACCCCGGACACCUUUCUAUGGAAUGCUAUGAUCAAAGCUCACUCUUAUAGCCACACCCCACAAUACACCAUCACUCUCUACAGGUCUAUGCUCAAUGCUCCUGCUUCCCCUGAUAGUUUCACUUACCCUUUUGUGAUCAAGUCGUGUGCGCGUCUGUUGAGUCCCAAACUUGGUUUCCAGGUUCAAUGCCAUGUAAUGAAAAAUGGGUGUGUUUCGGAUAUCUUUGUUGUGAAUGCUUUGCUGCAUAUGUAUUGUGUUUUGCAAGAAACCCCUUAUGCGUGCAGGGUGUUUGAUGAAAGUCCUGUGAGAGAUAUUGUUUCGUACAACACUAUGAUGAGUGGAUUUGUGCAGGCGGGUCGCGCAGGAUGUGUGUUUCGGGUUUUCAGGGAGAUGGGGGUUUUCGGAAUUGAGGUUGAUGAGUACACAAUUGUUGCUUUGCUUUCUGUUUGUAAUUUGUUGGAAAAUUUCAAAAUAGGGAAGCAGGUGCAUUGCUUGGCAUGCAAGAAAAUGUGUUCCAAUGAUGUGGUGAUGAAUGCACUGGUUGAUAUGUAUGCGAGAUGUGGGUGCUUGGAUAUGGCUGAGAGAGUUAUGAAGAGUGGGGUGAGGAGCGGUAAUAGUGUUGUUGCGGCUUGGACAUCCGUGGUGAGUGCCUAUGCACGCCGUGGCGAGGUUGAGGUUGCUAGAAGAUUGUUCAACCAAAUGGAUGAUCGAGAUUUGGUUUCUUGGACAGCAAUGAUCAAUGGCUACUCUAAUGCUGGGUAUUUCCAAGAGGCGUUGGAUCUAUUUGUGCAGUUGGAGGAUUUGGGAAUUAAACCAGAUGUGGUUGCUGUGGUUGCUGCUCUUUCUGCGUGUGCGCGACUAGGUGCACUUGAUAUGGGAAGAAGGAUCCACUGCCGUUAUGCUGGCAAGAAUUGGCCCGAUUCUCAAAACGGGGGAUUCAUUGCUGCGGUUGUUGAUAUGUAUGCCAAGUGUGGAAGCAUAGACACUGCAUUGGAUAUAUUCAACAAAACAAGUGAUAGUUUGAAAACUACUUUGCUCUAUAAUUCCAUUAUCUCUGGUCUUGCUCAUCAUGGCCAUGGUGAAUAUGCUUUAACUUUGUUCAAAGAAAUGAAGUUAUUGGGUCUAAAACCAGAUGAGGUCACAUUUGUAGCACUUUUGUGUGCUUUUGGCCAUAAUGGUCUAGUUGAUGAUGGCUUGAACCUCUUUGAAUCCAUGCUGAGUGUUUAUGGUAUCAACCCUCAAAUGGAGCAUUAUGGCUGUAUGGUUGAUCUUCUUGGAAGAGCUGGUCAUUUGAACGAAGCGUAUGGUUUAAUUUUGAACAUGCCUUUCAAGGCCAAUGCUGUGAUUUGGAGAGCAUUCUUAAGUGCUUGCAAGUUACAUGGAGAUGUGGAGUUGGCAAAAAUUGCAGCACAAGAGCUUCUUAAGAUGGAGCAUGAUCAUGGCGCGCGUUAUGUAAUGCUCUCGAACAUGCUAGCCGACACAGCGCAGCAUGAAGAAGCUGCAAGUGUGAGAAAAGAAAUUGAUGAAGUUGGAAUUCAGAAACCACCUGGCUGGAGCUAUGUAGAAAUGAAUGAAGGUCUUCACAAGUUUGUGGCAGGUGACAAGUCUCAUCCAGAAGCUAAAGCCACCGAGUUGAUGCUUAGGGAUAUCAACAUGGGCCUAAAAUCUUUUGGGCAGGUCAUAAAUGUAUCAAAAAUGGUGUUUGAUAUAGAUUAACUUUUUGAGGAACAGAUGGAUUGUUACCCUCUUCUUUGACAU